AUGAGUAUGCUAUUAAAGUUUUUCCUUUCUGAAGACUUGUUUUUCUUCCCCCUUAUUCACCUUAUAGGCAAUGCAUCGCAACCUGCUCCCAAGAGGCAGACAGCUCCUCCAGCUCUCCCAUCUUUUCCAGCUCCUUUAGCCCAAGCUCAAAGGCAGAAGCCUAAAACUGUCUCAGAACUGCUGAGAGAGAAGCGGCAGAUGGAGAAGCAGCUAAAAGAGAAAGCUAUGCAGACAAAAGUAUUUGUUGCCCCGCAGAUGAUGCUUUCAGGGCCUUUGAUAAUCCAGCACCCACCACAGCAAAUGAUUCCUUCUGCACAAGUGGGGAGCAAACCUGGAGCAGUUGGCUCUACAGACAGCCAAUUACAGCGUGUGCCAGCUCCCCUGUCAGCGUUUACUUCUGUUGCUGGUUCUGCUUCUACCCCUGUCGUGCUUGAAAACCGUUCUCCAUCAGUGUCAAAAGUUGGGGAGAGCCCUAGUUCCUCACAAGAGACAAAAGUGCAAUUCAAUAAGGAACUAAAUGAGCAAGCUCCACAAAAUACCCCUGAAAGAGGAGUUUUUCCAAGCCUGAAUCCAGCUGCAGCAGGAAAGGCCCCAAAUCAAGGAGUGUGCAAUGGUCAGGUCCUAGCUGGUAGCUCAGCUCCGGUAGUGUUGCAAAAUCAGGCUUUUGUGCCACAUCGAGUUACGGUGGUGCCUUUUGGCAUAGAGUCUGGCAACAGCAAACUGUCUCUUCCCCCACCAGUUACCUAUGAACUGAAUCGUCCUGGGCCAGUCAAUCUAUUGCCUGCUCUUUUAGCUCCACAGCCUGGCUCCCAUUUGACUCCUGACAGCGUGCUGCCUCUCACGUGGAUUGUAACACAGCAGGCUUUGCUCUCCAGUGCUGUGCAGGCUGUUGUGGGUGUUCCCCAAAGUCUGCAAGCUGCUAUUGUGAGGAGUCAAAGUCAGGCCAGUGUGACAUCCAGUGGCAAUGUCUGUGGUUUAGGAGCGCCCCUUGUAUCCUCUGGAGUAAAUAUGCCUCACCCAAGCCAUGCAGAGACAAAAACAAAUCCCCAGUUAGCUUCAGGGAGCCCAGCAGGAAAGACAGCUGAUGUAAGCCAUUCUGCAAGUGUCUUCCCCGUGAGCUCAGCCAAUCCUGUGUGCAGCAUAUCUGGUGUUUCUUCUGCUCUAUCUGCACAUUCAGAUAGUUCCUCUAAGACUGUUGAUUCUUCUGCAGCUCAGAAUGCUCUUCCAGGUGGUGCACCAACCCCACAUGCUCAUCUGCUGCCCCAGAUGCAGCUACCUGCAUCUCAGGGGUCUGAUUCCCACAGUGUGACGGGAGACGUUGGCUUGGGAGAGAGCCAGGACUCAUCUACAACAAAUGGAUCAUCUUCCAACUCGAAUGUCCUUAAUGAAGGGGAGCCAGGAGCUUCAAUUCCUCAUGACAGUGUUGCAGGGAAUUCUGAAGGCUCAGCUGACCAGGCACUGAAAUACAGACCUAUUGCCUCCAAAGCACCCCCUGCACAGGCUGCGAGUGCUCCACCCCAGCCAACCACUUCCAGUGCAGAAAAGACUCUUCUUGACUAUAGCCUGAUUUCCCUUGAAGAUGAGGAGCUGGUGAAGGAGUGGCUGAGUGGGAAGCAAGGCGUCCAGGUACCACCACUGCAAACCAGGUUGCCCUAUUUCCCACCUUUUUUGUGCAACUUAAAAACUCUUUCAAAGCUACUUCUGCAGAAGGCAGCUCUGGAAAAACAAGCAGCACGUCUUCUGUCCCCUGAUGGCAGUCAGACUGAGGAUGAGGUUGACUUGAAUGCUAUCACAGAACUGGUGCAUGAGAAACUGGGUGAUGACCCUGCCUUUCUGCUGCUGAAAGCCCGCUUUCUAGCAGCCUUUACGCUCCCUGCUGUACUAGCAACUCUGCCUCCUCCAAAAGUGGCAACAACUCUGUCAGCCAGCAGGAGGGAAUACGGAGAGAGUGAUGAAGAGGAGUGGCAGAGUGAGGAGGCAGCGUCUGAGAAUGAGAGCUGUGGGGAUGAAUUAGAUGCACAGUCGGAUGGGACAGGUGAUGAAGAGCCUGGAGACCAAGAUGCUGAUUCUCCAAAUAAGGACAUGGAAACUGAAGAGAUUGCUGCACAAUCCAUCCUGGGCACCUGCACUGAUGGGACUGCCAGUGUUCCUCAAAUCAGGAGAAGUCUGCGCAUCAGGAAAAGGUUCAGGAAAAGGAGGAGGGUGUGAGGAGGAGCCACUUGAAGGAUGUCUGACCUGCAGCAUGACAGCAGGAGAUGCUCUUUGCACUGUUCACUUCUCACACUUGCAACAAGCUGACCAAGCAGAGCUGGGGAGGAGAGGGAAACAUCUGGGCUGAUUUCCCCAUCACCAAAAAAAGUCUGCUCAUUUAGACAAGCUGCAAGUAACGAAACAAAACUGCUGGAGGGAUGUCUUUUAGGCACAGAGCAAUUCUGUUCUCUUUCAGCCUAGCAUUUGCCACGAGUGCUGUGGUGUAACAAUUGUUGGGGACCUGGGGAAGCCAGCAAUGAUAGUUAUUUCCUUGUUGUGCUCCCCCCUAUUUAUGUGAAUGUUUAUCUGUGUUCAGAAUAUGUGGUUCAUUGAAUGUUUUUUUUAAUGCUGUAAUGAUGUUUUGUUUGACAGCUGACUGAAUGCUGCUCAGUAAGAAGCAGGUUAAUAUUUUAUCAAAUGAGUCUCGAGUACUGGUUGAAAUACAGAUGUUUAUUUUUCUCAUUUAAACUAUUUAUGCCUUCUGUGUUUUUUAAUGGUAAAUACUGCUUGUAGUAAUAUGUGGAUGAGUGUGAUUGCUAACGAGAGAAACAAAGCUUGCAAGCUACAUGAAAGCAAGCCAGAGAGAAUGUGGGAAAUGAACAUGCAGUUAGCUACAAAGGCAGAACUGAACCAGGUUUGAUUCUUUCCUAACUCUUCCACAGCCUUCCCAUACAGCCAUCAGCAAAUCACUUAAUAGAAGCUUGUUUCCUCAUUCACAAAACAGCAAUUUGUUUUACAGAGAGGUGUAAGGCUAGCUGAGUCAAAGCUGGUAGAAAUCAGUGAGUGCUGCAGAAAGCUUCACCCCCACUGCGUUCCCAACAUCCCCAGUCACGGCAGUACAUUUGGUGUGCUGUGAAAUGCAGCUUUUGUGAGGCCCCUUUAGGCAGAGCUGCAACAGAGGGGCAGUGGGACAUUAAAAUCACUCUAAUUGGAUACUAAGCAAUUAGCGUAACAGGAGGAAGUACCUUGAAGUGGCUUCCCUCUUGCAGUGUGCUCUAUCUUCCACAAACUGCUGUAGCUAAUGCUUUUUUCCGAGAAGUGCACCCAGCAGAAGCUCUGCCCACUGUUCUGUGUGCCAUUCACUGCAGGACUGGUACUGUCGGGUGCUGGUGGUACGUGUGAUCUGUGCUGGAUUUGUCCUCUGAAGUAAGUUGUAUGGACCUGUGCCUGUGAUUUUUCACUCUUGAUCUACACAAAGAAGCUUUCCUGACUGUAGCUGGUACUUCAGUGGUAAAGAUUGGACAACCAGGGCGUGAUUGGCUCCUGGGAUGACCUGCUCUCCCAUAGUAUAAAGGAAGGCUGCAGCCCAGGCAGGUUUCUGGAGAGACAGGGCCUGAAUGAAUGUUCUCAGACCAGGAGAAGAGGAGUGAAGGCUUUUGUCUGUACAGGCCAGGGGAAUGCUUUUCUGCUCAUGAUCUGCUGGGAUUACUUUGAUGUCAGGCAGAGCAAGGAAGGGCGAAGCAGCUCACUGACACUUCUCACUCACCACCAU